AAUUUGAGAGUUCACUGGUAUUUCAUUCGCAACACGUACCUGGCAUCCUCGGUCAAACAAGAUGUCGUCCUCCAUAACAUUUCGAGGCGCUCAGUUAUUGCCCCUGUGGCGGCGAAGGAUCCCCAAGUACCCUGUCUACUGGAAAGGGGACCCCCAGCGUCGUUUGUUUUUGCCUCUGUUCUGGAUGAAGCUGAUCAAGCCGGAACAAGCUGUUCCGAAAAAUGAAGUCCAUUUCGAGACCCACCCUCAGAUGAGCCACUUCGACAUCAAGAACUACCUGGAGAAGGUCUACAAGGUCCCCGUGCUCAAUGUCAGGACGGACGUCCUCCGAGGUGAGCAAUGGUUCUGGCUGAUUAGUACUAGAAGUAAACACUUCCUGAAUAAUAAUAUGUUCCCCUCUGAGUUCACGGCCCUUCUCUACAUGCGGGUCACCUACCUCUGA